AUGCGCCGGAGUGGGUCGGGGACGGCGGAUCCGGCGGCGCCUCGCCGGAUCCGGGCGAGGGCGAGGCACGCGGGGAGGCGCUGGUCGCCGGCGGUGCGAGGAGGCGGCGCAGGAGGCGGUGGGGCGCGGCAGAGGCGGCGGGGCGCCCGGUCGCCGGAGUUGGUCGCCGGCGACGGCGCGCAGGCGGCGGGGAGGCGCGACGGUGGCGGGGUUGGUGGAGUCUGGUGGCGACGCGCGAGCAGGGAGAGGCGGUCGGGCGUAGGCGGCUCGGGCGGCCGCGCGGGCCUCGGCGGGCCGCGCCUGGGCCCGGCGGGCCGCGGCGGCGGUGAGGAGGCAGGAGGCCAGGUGGCGCGCGGGGGUUGGCCUGGAGCGGUGGUUAGCGGCGGCGCGGCCUACGGGGCGGCGACAAGUGGCGCCGGGGAAGCGGUCCGACACGGAUUCUGA